UCUUUAUUUUUAAUUGUGUGCUAAAUUAAAAAAUCAACAUCCUCACUUCACCGAAAAUCGUUAUCUAUAAAAAUAACCUAUAAUGUUUAUAAUCCAGGUUUGGUGUCACGGUGGACGCCUGAGGCUCACGCUUUCCAAACGUUACAUUAAGUCCUUAUUGAGGGGCAGAGUGAGCGUGUCGUUGUUGUGUUACUCCCCAGAUGUCCCGGGUCUCUCCUUUCAACCCACACUCGUCCCUCGCUGCUCUAUUGUGCCUCUCUUCAAAUCAAAAGCCCCUCAAUGAGCCGCGCGCUGGCUCAGCGCGCAGAGCGCGUCUAGAAAGUCGGAGCAAACCAUUCCGCAGCAGAGGGGGGGUCACAGGCACAGAAAACUAAUUAGCACUACCUCUGUGACCGUGUGCAUGAAAUCAGCAAUUUAUGGAAGAUAAAUGGAACGCGUAGGACGCCGUUAAGUAAACGGUAGUCGAGACCGGCGAGCACGUGGAGCCUCCGUGGAGCGGCGUGACGCUGCGCCCCCGCGCUGAGACUGCGGCGCCGAGUGAAGCGGACGUCCGAGCGCUGCUCCCGAGCGAGAGCAGAGAGAAAGGGAACAGCUGGGAGAGGAUGCUGUAGAGGAGCAGACAGGUACGAGCCCAGCUGCCGCUACUACUGCCUCGGAAACAACUCCAGACAGAUCAUAAAGAUGACGGCCACUGAGAGCAAGGAGGACAUCAGCGACAACGACAGUGGGAUCAUCCUCCACUCUGGUCCGGACAGCCCCACGUCCCCUGUGAAAGACCCGACCACCCACACCAGAGCCCUGAAGCUGAAGCACCAGUCCCUGGAGGAGCGUCUGGAGCUGUGCCUGCUGGAGCUCAGGAAGCUGUGCAUCAGGGAGGCCGAGCUCACUGGCACGAUGCCCCCAGACUUCCCUCUGAUGCCUGAUGAGACGCUCCCUCGGGUCAGAAGGAGGAUCGGAGCCUCCUUCAAGCUGGACGAGGGUCUGAUCCACCUGGAUCAACAGGACUCAGAGCUGCACGCGCUGGAGACCGACCUGGCUCUGCAGCGGCAGAUUUACGAGGCGGCGCGACGGCUCUCCCGGGAAGGCAACCUCAGUAAACCGCAGAAGAAGAGUCGGCUGCGGCAGUGCAAGCGGGAGGAGGAGAAGGUGCGGGACCUGCAGGAGGCCGUGUUCCAGCAGAGGAUCAAGAGCGGCUGCAACUCGCCGUGCGUCGGCGUCGGCGUCCCCAGAGACCAGCACAGAGAUGUGUCCGACGACAGCUCCCUGUCCGACGUGGCGGCUCUGGAUGACGAUGUGGACACGCCUGGGCCCCUCUCCCCGCCGCCAUUGGGCCCCUCACACUCAGACCCCAUCCAGCUGUCAGCCAAGACCCAGCAGCCACUGGGCCAGAUCAGUGUGGGAUAUGAGCGCUGUCCCAUCCAGAACGCCCCGUGGGCCGAGUCCAAUCUGGACCAGCCUUACGACAAGGCCUCGAGGCUCCCGUCUGCUCGCAGCAGCAGGUCCAGCAGCCCGGCAGCCGCGCAGGCGCCCACGGAGAGCAGCAGGAUCCCCCUCACCCAGUUUGUGAGGAACUCCACGCUGCGCCACAGCCACUCCACCAGCGCCCCCUCCACCCCGGAGCUGCACAUCCGCCGCCAGUACACGCAGUCCUUCAGACUCCCUAAAAGCAGGCUGACCGCCGACAAGGAGCGGCCCGGCCCCGACGCGCACUCCCCCCUGCGCCCGCGCGUGUCCAGCUCCGAGGACAGCGGCUCCGAGCACUCGUCCUCCUCCUGCAUGGGCUGCGGGGACGGCCCCGCCGGGACCCCCAGGAUGUGCCCGCCGCCUUACGGCUUCCACCUUGGAGCCCAGAAGGCAGGAGCGCAGAGGACCCCCAGCCGGCCUCAGCCCGGCCCCGCCCACGCCAGGGCCGCGGCGGGCCAUGUGGACCUGGACCCGGGCAGGCACCCCCCGCCUCCGCAGAGACAGCGGCAGGAGGGGGCGCUGUCCCCGAGGAGAAUCCUGAGGCCGCCGCCGCCGUACACCCGGCUGGCGCGCACGCCGUCGCUGAAGGAGUACCCGAGCCACGCCGUGCGGCCGAUGCCCCGGGAGGCGGUGUCGGAGGAGCUGAGGUCCUGGCACCAGAGGAACCAGCAGCAGAAGGCGGGCGCCCCGGGCGGGACCAGUCCCACCUCGCCGCAUCUGCCUCCAUUCAAACAGGGCUCGGGGAAUGUGAUUCUGCAGAGGGCUGCGGACGGGACUCCACUCCAGUGGUUCGUGGCGGAGGAUGCUGAAAUAGUGAGCCAGGUUUAGCUCACAGAGCUUCAUGGAGACUGGGGCGUCUCCUCUUCUCUACUUGUCUCAGUAUUUAUUAAGUCCUUGGACUCUCUAUGAGAUUGGAAGCUGAUGCAAAACUAACGUGGACCUGUGGGUUUUCCAAUGAGCACAUUUGUCUCCUCCCUUAACUUAAAACAUAAUGUAAGGCAAUAUGCCAGUUUUAUUUUAUUUAUUUGUUUUCUAAAGAACAUUUCUAAAAUAUGAAUUGAGCUUCAUAAAAUGUAACAAAAUCCUAAACAUCUGGUUUUCUUUGUGGCUGGUUCACAUUUUGCACAUGAAUUGACCAGCAGGAGUCUUCACAUACGUUUUCCUAGUGCUAAUAUAAUUUCUACAGUAUUCUUUAUUUAUCUAUUAUUUAAGUUUUUCCCCCCAGAGACAUUUUAAUGAAAUACCUGAAAAUGCAUAUAUACAUUAGGCAAAUCUCCACAUUUGCUUUUAUCUUUUAUUGAUUAAUCACUGAUGCCUUUAAUGGUGGUUUGAUGAACGAUUUUCCUGCAGUCUGGUUAUUUGUUACUAACCAAUUGAAUGUAUCAUUUCUGAAGUAUUUUGUAUGAAUUUUAAUAAAAAUUUGAUUAAAAUGAAAUUA